CUCGCGCGCUGAGGAGAACGCAUAUCCGGUGUGGCUGCAGCCGACAUCUAUACACAACACGAGGUCCACCAUUUUAGCGAAACAAGUACGUCCGGUCUUCUGCGCAUGUCAUGAGUAUAAAUCAACGUCAUUCGUGUUAUGUCGCUUCCAAAUUAUAAUUGGGACAAAAAUCUGAACAAGUUGCAAGAGCAUUGGACAAUAUAUGCGCCCACCAGAGUGUUCAAAAGGGCCCACAAGGGAAGUACCGGUGUUAUUCACCCACUUCUAUGAAUGCUGCCUAUGAACAUAUCAGACAAACAGGGGCCCAAAUCAGAACAACUGCCAGAGAAUUUGGGGUACCUGAAGCAUCCCUGAGGCACAGGCUGUGCGGCAGAGUGAAUCCGGAAAGUGUACAUUCGGGUCCACAACCGAUGUUUUCCAACGAGGAGGAAGCCCAUCUUGUAUGAACACAUCAAGACCAUGGCAGAGUGUGGAUAUGGCUAUGGGCGGGCUGAAGUUGUGACCAUGGCCUCGGAGUAUGCUGUUUACCUAGAAAAACGGGACCAAGCCCAUCCUCUAUCAAUGAAAUGGUUCCGUGGCUUUAUGUCAAGGUGGACGGAACUUAAAGUUUUGAAACCUCGUGGUCUUGAAUUACAACGGGCCAAGUCGAUCAACAUGGCGUCAGUGACCAGAUAUAAUACUGAACUAGGGUCUAUUCUGGAUAAGUAUUGUUUGAAGGACAAACCAGAAAGAGUCUACAAUAUAGAUGAGAAGGGCCUGUCCAUGUCACAUACUCCACCAUCAGUAGUUACCACUGAGACCAAAGUUCCAGCCGUUACAUCUGGUUCCAGAACACUCAUCACUGUGAUUGGCUGUGGCAACGCAUUGGGGUAUAGUGUGCCACCAUAUUUUGUUUUUCCAGGGGCCAGAAUGCGUUCGGAAUUAUUGGAAGGAGGUUGCAUUGGUGCUGAUGGAACUGUGUCUGAAUCUGGCUGGAGCAAUAGCAGCGUGUUUCGCAAAUAUAUUGCAGAACACCUUAUGAAGUACUUACCUGAACGUUCCCCAGACAAACCUGUUCUCCUGCUGUAUGAUGGCCACAAGUCUCAUAUAAACCUUGGCUUAAUUGACUGGGCAAGAGAACAUAACGUGAUUUUGUUCAUACUGCCUGCUCACACCAGCCACGUGCUACAACUGUUAGAUGUGGGAUGCUUUGGACCUUUCGAACGAAUCUACAACUCUGUGUGCCAUCAGUUCAUGAGAGAAAACUGUGGGAAGAGUAUAACUCGCUACAACGUUUGUAAUCUGGGUUGUCAGGCAUAUGCAAAGGCACUCUCUGCUAGCAACCUACAAGCAUCCUUCCGAAAAACAGGCAUACACCCCUACAAUCCAUCAGUUGUUGAUGCAUCCCACUUCAAGCCUUCAGAGGUCCUACAUUCAAGCCCUGCGAUGCCAGCACCACAGAGUGACGCUCAACCCACUGCUAAGGAAUUCUUUAAAGGCAAAGUAGCUGUACCCAAGCCAAAUGACAGCAAAACCAUAAAAAGGAAGUAUCUCAGCACUAUAGUCAGUGGUAGGGCAAUCACUGAAGAUUCAGUUCUUGAAAAAGUGAGGGACCAUGAGCAGUCUAAGCACAAGAAAAAAUCUGCAACCCAGCAAGACCAUCAACCUGGACCAUCUGGAUCAGCAAGUCAGUCAAGGGUUGAUCAAAGUGCCAUGUCAGAAAGUGACCAGGAUGACUCAGACACUGAUGUAUGCUGCGUGUGUAACCUGUUCACACCUGUUGAAGUACACAACAGUGCAUUUGUUGUGUUUGUCAAGUGGGUGCAAUGUGACAAAUGUGAACAUUGGGUCCAUCUGAUAUUUUGCACUCAAGUGAGGGUUGUUAGAAGGGGUGAUAAGUUUCUAUGUCCCCACUGUGCCACCGAGGAAUGAGCACCUUCAUAUUGCAGUGUUAUGUAAUUUACACAAUUGUUAGUAU